UUUGUACCCAACCGUACUCAAUGAAAUGAAAAUGGAAUAAAAUGAAUUUUCUCUUUUUUUAUAUAUCUUUUAUUAACUGAAUUCUUCAGACACGUUUUCAACUAAAAGCUAAGCGUCAUCCCAAAAAUGGGGUAGGUACAAAAAGGUGCUAUCUGGAUAGUAAGAUAUGUUUAAUAUAUAUAGGAAUGUAUAGGAAAGUGUGGAUAUGGAAAUUGGGAUAUGUUUAAUAUGUAUGUUUAUUAUUCUAUUAUUAUAGUGUGUUUACAAUGCGUUUAUUUGGGUAUGGAAUGUAACUUAUGGAAAUAUAUAUGUUUAUAGUGUGUUUACAAUGUAUUUAUUUGGGUACGGAAUGUAACUCGCGCGGUCAAAUUGACCGGUGAUUAUAAAAGUUAUGGAUUUUAUUAUUCAAUGCAGAUAAUUGUUGAUUUAUUGUCGAAUAUAUAUAAAAUAAAAAGUUUUCAUGAAAAUUCGUAAAAUAAAUUUAUAUAAUUUCUAAAAUUCAUUAUAAAAGAAAAAAUAAGACAAAAUUUAUAUACAGAAUGUUAUGCAUGUAUAUAUAAUAUACUCUAUUCGGCUUCCUCACAUUGCUUACAAAUUAUUUUAGUCUGGAAUGUGCAUUUUCCACAAACAUAUUUUUCGCACUUCGAACAAAUUUUUGUUGUUUUAUAACCUUUACAAAAUUUGAUUUGGCAAGCUUUUCGUACAGGCAAAUGAGAGGUUGAAGAGGGUGUUGAUAAACAUUUUUUUUCUUGAGAUUCUUUAUAUGCAUCUCCGAGUUCUGAAGCUAACUGGAACAAAAAUUCUUGCCUCGAAAUAUUUUCACCCGUUGUUUCUUUGUACAAAAUCCAAGCAUUUAUUCCAGCUAGAUCUAAUAUAUUGAAAAAUACCUGCAGUGGCCACCUACGACUUUUCGACUUCACGCUGUAUUUUUUGCCAUCUGGUCUGCCACAUGUACACCAAAUUUUGUACGAUUAUAAAAUCUAAUAGUUUCUGGUAUACGUUUGUUGUUUUUUUCUAUUUCUAUUGAGUUAUGUUUAGAACUUAGGACAAGCACUUUUUUUUCGGCUUACUUUUAUACACUGUCAAAGUAAUGUAAUUUGAUUUAUACAAUUUGCUUGAAAAUCUAGCCAUUUUAUCUUUUCUUUCUUUGGCUAACUUUGGUAACUCCCUUUUGUUUCCACGAAUGGUUCCAACAAUUGUAGUUUUUUUUUUCAAAGUAAUUUUUUGGCUAAUGAAACACUCGUGAAAAUUCUUGUUCAUCAUAUUCUGAAUCCUUUUCUUCAAUUUCCGUUAUAUUUCUUAAGUAAUUUGUAAUUUUCCAAUGCUUUGACAUUUUUAGGGUUAUUAUCUACAUUAUUGCACUAGGUAAGGAAUAAAAAAAUUACAUCCACAUUGAUGCUUUACCUUACCUUCUUCAAAUAAACAGUUGUAAAAAAAAUUGCAAAGAAACUCUUUAGAAGUGCAUGAUAAAUCCUUGGUGGCCUCCGCACACAACAGAACGAAUUGGAAUUUCAUUGGAAAAAUCAUUACAAAUAACGAUUUGGACGCUGGGCAACAAUUGCUCUUUUCGAGACGUCAGCGAUCGUUUUGGUGUAGCAAUUGGCCUAGCAUAUAAAAUUUUUGUUAAAAUAAUAAAAAUGAUCUGCCGCUUAAAGGGAGAUGUUAUAAUAUUUCCAAAAACUGCAGCUGAACAAAAGCAAAUCAGUGAAGAAUUUUCAAUUCUGCGCUUCAAUUCAUUCCCCUUUGUUCUAGGGUGCGUUGAUUUAACACACGUUCCAAUUUCACAACCAAUCAAAGAUGAAAUCAGUUAUCGUAACCGAAAGGGAACAUACUCAAUCCUUGCUCAAGCUAUUGUCGACAGUCGCAUGAAAUUCAUAAAUGUAUUUAUUGGUUGCCGUGGUGCAUGCCAUGACGCAUCGGUAUGGCAAAUGAGUUCUAUCAGGAAGGCCAUAAUUAAUAAAGAAAUUAAUAUUUAUUCCAAUUACCAUUUUUUUGGCGAUGGAGGUUAUCCGUUGGAAAAGUUUAUUAUGGUACCUUAUCGUGAUAACGGAUUCUUAACACCAAUGCAAAUAAAGUAUAAUGUAAUUCUAAGCUCAACUCGGGUUGUUGUGGAACAGGCAUUUGGCAUUUUAAAAAAGAAAUUUAGAAUACUAAAAUAUAUUGAAGUUCAACGUCCAUAUAUGCCAAAAUUAAUAACAAUGGCGUGUAUGAUAAUUUAUAACAUUAUUAUUGUAAAUGAAGGCAGCAAUACUGAUGAAAUAUUAGAAGAAACAAACAUCAUCGAAUUUGAAACGCUCGAAGAAACCACUUUAUCAGGACCGAGAGAUGCAAAAGCAAAGAGAGAUGCAUUGGCAACUUUAUUAUCAGCCUAGUACGUACAUACAUAUGUACCUUUAUCAAUUAAAUUAUAAGUAAAGAGCAUUUUGUUUUAACAUGUUUUAUUGAAUUCAAUUAAUAACAAUAAAUUUAUUGCAUUGA